UCCAGACCCCAGCAUAAUGGCGGGAAUCUACCGAGUAUUUGUGAUUGAUUUGACAGGGAAACAAAGACAAAUUUAUUCCUCAAACUCGGAAACGGAGUUCAAAGCCACAAAGAUCCAAGAGAUUAGGAAGAAAAUUCUUGAGAAUAUUGGUUAUCUACCAGGUGGUGGAUCAGAUGACUUUCGCCUAGUGUUUCGUAAUGCGAUUUUGGAAGAUGAGCGUACCUUUGCUGAUUAUGAAAUCACUCAUAUGUCCAUACUACACUUGAUUCCACAGUUAUCAGGAGGAGGAUCUUUGAAACAUUAA